AUGGGGACGGAUGUUAAUAAUAACCCCCGCCUUAGAAAUAGUAUUAUUGCAGCGCGUAGUCAGAAUUUACCACGCGAGCGAAUUGAGAAAGCGAUAAGCUCCGCUAAUGAUGCUAAUAAUACAGAACAUUACACUGAGAUUAGAUAUGAAGGUUAUGCUCCAGGGGGUAUUGCCAUCAUAGUGGAAGCUUUAACUGACAAUAAGAAUCGCGCUGCCGCUGAAGUCAGAGCAGCUUUCACUAAAUUUGGUGGUAAUUUAGGAGAAACUGGCAGUGUUAGUUACAUGUUUGACCACGUGGGAGUAAUUAAGUAUCAAUUACCGGUUUCCUCAGCAGACUCUAUGCUUGAAGCGGCAUUAGAAGCAGGAGCAAAUGACAUGAGCUCUGAAGACGAAUUUUAUUUAAUUUAUACUGAUAUUGAAAAUUAUGCGCAAAGCCUUGAAAUAUUAACUAGUAAAUAUGGGGAACCAGCAGAAUCUUAUAUUAGUUGGAUUCCAGAAAAUCUUAUUACUAUAGAUAAUAAAGAUAAAGCAGAGAAAUUGUUAAAAUUAGUAGAUUUGUUAGAAGAAAGUGACGACGUACAAAAUGUGUUUGGUAAUUAUGAAUUAUCUGACGAAGUUUAUGAGCAGAUGAAGGAUAUUUAG